AUUAUUAAAAUCAUCCACCAUACAUCUAGAUCAAAUGAAACUACUAAACUAAACGGGAUCUAGAGAUAAAGAAAAUUCUCUCCCCUUGAUAGUUUGUUUCUCGGCCAAUGAGAGAAACAAAUAUACAUGGCUCUGAAAUUUUCCUUACCAGGAAAGCAUUUCCCACCACUUUAUUCAAAUGUCUCAAACCCAAUUUUUCUUUGGCUCUUCAUUUAAACAACAAUGGCCAUUUCUAUGGUGGCUUCGAUCCUGACACAUUUUACGCAUCUCUCAUUGAUAAUUCGGUCGACAAAGGCCACCUAUAUCAAAUUCAUGCCCAGUUGCUAGUCUCUCAAUUGCAGUAUAACGGCUUUCUAAUUGCUGAACUCGUUAAUUGUAGUUCUAAUUUAGAUGAAAUUAGUUAUGCACGCAACGUGUUUGAUUUUUUUCCUGACCCAGAUGUGUUUUUGUGGAAUGCGAUUAUUAGAUGUUAUUCGAGGCACAAUCUAUUUGAUGAUGCUAUUGUCAUGUAUCAAAGAAUGCUAAUGGCAUGUGUUAGUCCUGAUGGUUUCGCUUUCCCUCUUGUUCUCAAAGCUUGCAGUGCCCUGUUUGCAUUUGAUAUAGGCCGGCAGAUACAUGGGUAGGUUUUUAGGCAUGGGUUUGAAACUGAUGUGUUCGUGCAGAAUGGGCUUGUGGCAUUUUAUGCAAAAUGUGGUCCUAUUGCACUGGCUAAUGUCGUUUUUGAUAGGUUAACCGAUAGAACAGUUGUUUCUUGGACUUCCAUCAUUUCUGGGCAUGUUCAGAAUGGGCAGCCGAUUGAAGCAUUGAAAAUUUUCAGUCAAAUGAGGAAAAUGAAUGUGAAACCUGAUUGGAUUGCUCUCGUCAGUGUUCUUAAGGCAUAUGCUGAUGUAGAAGACCUGAAACAUGGCAGAUCACUUCAUGCUUGUGUUAUUAAAAUCGGCCUUGAAUUUGAGACCGAUUUGCGUAUUUCACUUACUGCCAUGUAUGCAAAAUGUGAAGUUAGGAUUGCUAGGUUGUUUUUUGAUCAGGUGAAAAUCCCAAAUUUGAUCUUGUGGAAUGCAAUGAUUUAUGGUUAUGUAAAGAAUGGGCAUGCUGAUGAAGCUCUGGAGCUCUUUCAUCAAAUGAUAACUAAAAACUUGAGGCCAGAUUCUAUUACUGUCACAUCUGGCAUCAUGGCAUGUACAGAAAUAGGUUCUCUUGAAUUAGCAAGAUGGAUGAGUGAUUACAUUAGUAUGACUGAAUUUAGAAAUGAUGCUUUUGUUAACUCUGCCUUAAUUCAUAUGUUUGCAAAAUGCGGUAGUGUUGAUUCGGCACAAAUUGUUUUCAAUAGAGCAUUGGAUAAAGAUGUGGUUUUGUGGAGCGCAAUGAUUAUGGGGUUUGGAUUGCAUGGUCAUGGCCAAGAAUCCAUAAAUCUUUUUGAUGCAAUGAGGCGAGAUGGGGUGCAGCCAAAUGAUGUUACCUUCAUUGGGCUCCUUACAGCAUGCAAAAAUUCAAGUAUUGUAGAAGAAGGAUGAGAGCUUUUUGACCGAAUGAAAGAGUAUGGAAUUGAACCACGUCACCAGCAUUAUGCCUGUGUGGUUGAUCUUCUUGGCCGCAAAGGGGAUCUAGAACGAGCUUAUAAGUUUAUCAGGAACAUGCCAAUUGAACCAGGUGUAAGUGUAUGGGGAGCUCUUCUGAGUGCAUGCAAGAUCCAUCGGCAUUUCACCCUUGGAGAGUAUGCUGCUGAGCAGCUAUUCUCGUUAGAUCCAUAUGAUACUGGGCAUUAUGUUCAGCUGUCAAAUCUUUAUGCUUCAGCUCGACUGUGGGAUUGUGUUGCAGAAGUACGGGGCUUAACGAGGGAGAAAGGAUUGAAUAAGGACAUGGGCCAAAGUGUGAUUGAGAUAAAUGGAAAGCUUCAGGCAUUUCGAUUUGGAGACAAAUCAUAUCCAAGAUCCAGUGAGAUUGUUGACGAGCUUGUGAAUCUAGAGAGAAGUUUAAAGGAAGCAGGAUUUUUCCCACAUACAGAAUCUGACUUGCAUGAUUUGAAUGAUGAAGAAAUUGAGGAGACGCUUUGUAAUCACAGUGAGAGGCUUGCAAUUGCUUAUGGCCUUAUCAGCACUCCUCCAGGAACUACACUUAAGAUAACAAAGAACCUUUGGGCAUGUGUGAAUUUUCAUGCAGUAACCAAGCUUAUUUCAAAGCUUGUAAACAGGGAGAUAAUUGUGAGGGAUGCAAAUCGUUUUCACCAUUUUAAGGAUGGAGUUUUUUCAUGUGGAGAUUAUUGGUAAGGUAAAUUCCCAACUCCUUUUAUUCAAAAUUUUCGAUCGGUGUCGGUUUGCUUUGAUCACAAUGGCUUACAAAUGUUGCAUAAGCAUCGUUCAAAGGCUUUGGCUUUGAAGCAAGGUAGAAUUUCUUGGAAAACUGGUUUUAGAGGGAAAAUUUGGUAUGAUAGGCAGAUUUGGAAAUAAAUUUUUUUGACAAGUUAUUCCUAAAAUAGUUUAUAAUGGAAAGAAGAAAAUUUAAUC